UGCGUACAGCACAUCGCCAGCAUAACCGUGUGCGCGCUGAAAUUUACGUCCACCAUAUGACUUUUAACAUUGCCCAACAACGGGCGAAAUAGCGCGAAAAGGGUGUGUCCCCUGCUAGAGUUUGCGGCAGGCGGACAAGCAAUAUUCACCAUUGUAGAACGGAUGAAGCCUGACCUGGAAUGUGACGCUAACUGAAGCCGGGUAGCUUCAUAAAAGCCUGAGUACAUCUAGCUCGUUUUCGCAGUAUACCACUCUGGUGUCGCUUUUUAAAAUAUAUUUUUUUAAGGAUAAAGUAUUUUCAACCGACUUUACGUUUCCCCUGAAAAACGGAUGAGGGAACUCCGAUCAGGCACAUAGUUUCUAAACCUCGGUUAGGGAAAAGUAAACUGAAACAUGUUGAUGGUUUGUGGAGGAAGGUUUCAGCCAGAUGUGCAAAGAGAAACACUGAGAAAGAAACCCCACAUUCCUGGAAUGAACGUCUUGACAUCAGCAUCUCUGCCAUUUAGACUAUUUAUUUCUGCCAGAAGUCUGUUAGACCAGUCGGAAGAGUGAGACAGUGAGAGAGAGUUAUUUGAAUAAAUUGUCGUCAUCAUAAGUAUUUCCCCCUGCUCACCUCUCCUACUACAGCCUAACCCAGGGUUUGUCCCCUCUGGCCUCGCCCCCUGGCUCUGAGGAGUCGUCCUGCCACGUCUCCAUGUCGUUGCCCUCAGCCUCCCAGUCCCAGUCGCGGCUGAAGUACGUGUCCCUGGGAGUGCUGGUGCUGCAGACCACCUCGUUGGUGCUCACCAUGAGGUACUCGCGCACGCUGCUGGGCGAGGGGCCGCGCUACCUAGCCUCCUCAGCCGUGGUUUCGGCCGAGCUGCUCAAGAUCCUCACCUGCCUGCUGCUCGUCUUCUACGACCACAGCUUCAGUGUUCGGGCAUUGAAUCGUGUGCUGAAUGAAGAGAUUCUCAACAAGCCCAUGGAGACGUUGAAGCUGGCCAUCCCAUCAGGCAUCUACACACUCCAGAACAACCUGCUUUAUGUCGCCCUGUCCAACCUGGAUGCUGCUACCUACCAGGUGACGUACCAGCUGAAAAUCCUGACCACGGCCCUGUUCUCAGUGUCCAUGCUCGGGAAGAGACUGGGGCUCUACCAGUGGCUAUCUCUGCUCAUCCUCAUGACUGGUAUCGCUCUCGUACAGUGGCCUACAGAGUCUCUGGGUGGGCCAUCUUCGAAGCCUCUGUCUGCAGGCUCCCAGUUAGUCGGUGUGAUAGCCGUACUAAUAGCCUGCUUCUCCAGUGGCUUCGCUGGAGUCUACUUUGAGAAGAUCCUCAAAGAAACCAAACAGAGUGUAUGGGUCCGCAACAUCCAGUUAGGUUUGUUUGGUCUGGUGUUUGGUCUUAUUGGAGUGUUUGUGUACGAUGGAGAGAGAGUGAGGGAGUCCGGAGUGUUCCAAGGCUACAACUCACUCACCUGGACCGUUGUAGCCCUGCAGGCUCUGGGCGGGUUGGUCAUAGCAGCAGUCAUUAAGUAUGCAGACAACAUCCUGAAGGGCUUCGCCACGUCACUCUCCAUCAUCCUGUCGACACUCAUAUCCUACUUCUGCUUGAAGGACUUUGACCCUACCAGUGUGUUUUUCCUGGGAGCAAUGCUGGUCAUUGCUGCCACCUUCCUCUAUGGCUAUGAGGGCAAGAGGCCUGCCAUCAACCACAGCAAAGUAUAGAGGGUCUCCCCUCCACCACCCCACAGCCCAGGAACCCCAAAGAAGAGACACACGGAGCAAGAUGGAGGGAGGAAUAUGUUGCCAGGAAGUGGUGCUGAGCAAUUAACCAAAAUGUCGGUUAUUUUUCAGUUUUAAAACAACUAACUGACCGACCUUAGUUCAAUUAUUUGAAUUUCAUUCCAUUUUAUUUUUAAUUUCUUUGCUCAAUACACACAAUGCGCCGCAGUUUCUAUAGAGAUAAAUAAGACCAUGCCAGAACUGUGCGAUGUAGUAAGGAGUUGUAGUUUCCAACAGGCCAAUGUUCUUCAUAGUUUAGUGCAGAAAACGUGAUAAUUAACUACAAAGACCAUAAUUCAUUGCGCGGCUAGUUUUCUGGUCUGUUUCUUUUUACGCCUGCAACGUAAGAGACAGAGGGAUGAGUGAUCAAGAGUGCAUACAUCCGAGAGUAGUUGCUUCGUGAGGUAUUGGUAUUUAGUGGUCAUAAAAGCAUGCCUUAUUUACUGUGAAGAUCUACAAAAUAGAGAUUUGUCAGAGAGCAUAGGCAGCAGCUCUAUAGAGAUGAGAUGAUGACUUGGAAUGAAAUAAUAAAGUCAUCAAAUAAAACAAAUGCAAUAUACACAACUAAAAUAUUUUAUUAAAGUCAUGUGAAUAACUGAUAGUUAAUAAGCAGUAAUGUGCAGUCACUACCAUCAUAGGUCUUUUUUAUUUUAUUUUUUAUUUUUUAAUAUUCUGCGUUCCAGCAUUCAACCCAGAUAACAUACCUGCUAAAUAUCUGUAUGCAACUAAUAACAUUUGAUUCGAUGUAAUGCAUAGUGCAUUUAAUGUCAUUUCUUUUAUUUGAAUUUUUCUUUGAAAAUCUGAAACCAAAACGACCUCGAAAAGCAAUAAUCACUCAGAGCUACUGAGAAGGUCCGCGUAGUCAAGGAGGAACAGAACUCCUGGGAAAGGAGUCUAGGCGGAAGGAGUCGUAAGAUGUUUCAUGUACACAACAACAGGUGGGAGUCGCCUGGUUUCAAAACAAGGUUUUGAUUGUCCAAUACUGGUACUAGUAGUCAAGAUGGAGGUCAUAGCAUUUCUAAAGCUCUUUGUUGAAAUUCGAAGCGCCUUACGUUGCAUGGGGUUAGUAAUGCAACCACACUCUCCCAUAGUGACGCCAUCAAGUUCUUGACCGAACAGGCUCAUGAAUGUGACUCCACAGUUCACACUUGUAUUCACGUCACACACACACACACACACACACACACACACACACACACACACACACACACACACACACACACACACACACACACACACACACACACACACACACACACACACACACACACACACACACACACACACACACACACACACACACGUCAUGGAGCUGAAGAAACUAUGAUGCCUAUGCAGGGCAUAUGAAGGGUUAUGCUCACAUGUGACCUCUCACCUCAGGGGUGAUAGAGCCAAACUCACCAAAGCAUGGAAUCAUAGGAAAAUGGAUUUUACAGGGAACAACGAGAAUUCAUCGACGAAUCCAAGAAUUCACUGCCAACGUUACUGUUUUUUUAAUGCUCUAUUUAAAAAAAAUAUUUGAUCAUGUAUUUGGGGAGUAGUGGAAUGGGAAUUUGUAGUAUGAAUGUAUUUUAGGGGUACUGAUGGUCAGUAAGGGGGAGGACAUUUAAAUGAAUGUAAUGCCUCACAGGUUACAGCCCCUCAUUUGUUUUUGAGUGACAGCUCCACCUAGUGGGAGCGUUGGGUUGUAGCACAUUUACUGCAGAGGGGAGGGGUUGAGACCAAUGACUGUAGAGAUACUGGAUGUCCUUUUAUUGGGGACAAGGAA